UCGCGUGGUGAUACCCGAAUGCUGGAGAAAGGGAGCCACGCCCUUCAGCAAUGUGACUGCAGCUUUUCCUCAGAGUGGAGGCACUUGGUCCGAGCUCCAAGGGAAGGGUUUGAGGAGAUACCAGAAAAGUCCAGGAACCUGGUCCUACUGGGACUUCCAGUUUCCCAGCCUGGUAUGAACUUCCAGUUAGAACAAUGGAAAAGCCCAUGGAUGCUGGAGGGAGAAGGCCUAAGGAGUACCUGUCCAGACUGGAAGACUGUGUCUGAAUCACCUCCAGAGCAAGACUUUUCUGAAGAAUCAUUCCAAAACACAAGGGCAGAGAUACCUCCUGGGGAAUCAGAUCAUAGGAGCUGUGGACAGGGGAAGAGCUUUAAUCUGUGACCAGUCCUUUCUCCACAACAGGGAGCUCCUAAAGUGAGACCCCAUAAAUGUGAAAUACAAAGAGCCUGGAGGAAUUCAGACAUAAUUAAAUCUCACAGAGCAAAACCAUACACAUGUAAUGAAUGUGGCAAAGCCUUCAGUUACUGUUCUUCCCUUUCACAGCAUCAGAAGAGCCACACUGGGGAGAAGCCUUAUGAGUGCAAUGCAUGUGGGAAGGCCUUCAGCCAGAGUUCAUCUCUUACUCAGCACCAAAGGAUUCACACUGGAGAGAAACCUUAUAAAUGCAGCGAGUGUGGAAGAGCCUUCAGCCAGAAUGCAAACCUCACAAAACACCAACGCACUCACACUGGAGAAAAGCCCUACAAGUGCACCGAGUGUGAGAAAGCCUUCAGUGACUGUUCAGCCCUUGUUCAGCAUCAGACAGUUCACACUGGAGAGAAACCCUACGAAUGCAGCAACUGUGGGAAGGCCUUCCGCAGUGCCAACCUCACAAACCACCAGAGGACUCACACAGGGGAGAAGCCCUACAGGUGCAGUGAGUGUGGGAAGGCCUUCAGUUACUGUGCAGCGUUUAUACAGCAUCAGAGGAUCCAUACAGGAGAGAAACCUUACAAAUGCAACGCAUGUGGGAAGGCCUUCAGCCAUAGAGCAAACCUCACAAACCAGAGGACUCAUACUGGAGAGAAACCCUACAAGUGUGAGUGUGGGAAGGCCUUCAGCCAAAGUACAAAUCUUAUAAUCCACCAAAAGACCCACUAGGGAGAAAAGCCAGAAAGCAUUUAA